GCUUUCUCGAGUUCCAAGUCCACUUUAUCCUCGCAUUUUUAAAAGUCGGCCAGUUUCUUGAACUUCUAGACACCAUGAAGACCGAGUCUUAUUUGUUGGCACUGGUGAUUUUCACGUUGCUUGUUCUGAUCUCACCAGGGCAUGCAGAAAUUAAAGAAAAAUCACCUCGGCCGAAGCAGCCAACAAAAUUUAGCAACGCCAGCAAUAAUGUAAUUAGCAAUCCGCGAAAAGGAAAACCUAUUAAAACUAAAACGACACCUGUUCCGAAACAAGCUAUGACGCAUACAGGACGUAACGGGAACGCGGAACGUCUGAUUGCAAAUUACGGUGAAUAUGCCAAGAUCUUGGUUGAAACGAAAAUGAAAAUGGAAUGGGACAAAUUCCUCACCUCCGUGCUUACCAUUUUGGGAUUCCUGUCUACUUUAAUGAUGAUGACAGUUGAUCCGGCCAAAGAUUUCCCUCUGCUGAACGCUCCAUCCACAGGUGGAAUCAUGAACCAUCCAGAUAGUUUCCUCCUGUCUUUGUUUCAAAUCAAUCAGGAGAGUUACCGGGCCUUCCUGUGCGCCCACAACAACAUCAACCGAAUCCGACUGUCGACCCUAACGAUUCCAGCCUACAUGAAAGCGGCCCUUGAUAUUCUGGACACUGGCGACAUGGAAUUGAUUGAGAGUCGCCUUCACUUGCCGUUAAAAGUCGUUCAGAAAUCCAUCGACAAUAACAUGAAAUGGUCCUCGGAGGUGGUUGCGGCUUUCGAGCGAUUGAACCAAUUGAUCCAAGAAGUUCAUUUGGCGGCCGUUGACCUCCAACGUGUCAAAACGGCUCAAAAGGAGCAAGUGGCGGCCAAUAAAACAAUCGAAGAAUUGAAAAACCAAGACCUAGAAGAAUACCUGAGCAACCGGAAGAAACAAGUGAAAGAAGACUUGGAUAAACAAAGCCAAACGGAACAAGAUCUACUUGAGGCGUAUCUUUCCAUUCCGACAGACAUGGAUAGAAUUUCAUUGGACUUGGCUCAAUUCCUCACAGGACUGUUGGCAAAGAUGUUGGGAAUCUUUUCGAAUCAAGAAGCGAGUCAAGGAUUGGACAAUCUAAUUGAGCCUGGCAAUGGCACUCGGCCGACAAUGGAACUAGACGAUCCGUGCAUUUACAACUACACUGACCAAAUAUUCGACAUCUCGGCUAGAAGUCAGCAGUUGUUCGAGAGUUACACAACACUCGCUUCCCUCGAUUCGACAAUGGGAAAGUACGACGCUAACGAUGACAUGAGUCAUUACCAGAAACUCCUGACGACUAACAACGCAUCGAUCGAAUGUCCACCACUCCAACGAAUCGUUGAAAUGGGAUUUGAAACUAUCCAACAAAUGCAUCAACUAGCCAAUGUCACCAAGAAAUCCAUGCCUAUUUUAAAUUAUCAACAGAAUAUGACGGAAAAAAUGGAUGAAAAGGCCAUUUUUAACGAAUGGAGAAACGCCCAGUUCGUCCAGAAGGUUCGCAAGGCCAUCGAACGGUUCAAUGAAAAUGCGACACGUUUAGCCGCUAUCACUAGCGGUCCACAGGCGCGGGAAGUGAUGGGAAAUUUAACUCGGCGCAACCUCAGCGAAAGUGAACGAUUGACAGCCUUCGCUCAUGAAAAAAUCGCCAUGUACACGGAAUAUGCCGAGGUUUUGAAAGCGAGACUGGACAAUAACACAAGAGAAAUCACGGAGAAGACGAGCCAAUUCAUGAGCAACUUGAACCAGAUUCGCAACUGGAAGACGGAAGAAAUGGACCUGAAAAGGGCCAUAGUGAUGCUUGAAGUGGGACUGGCCGACAUGAAUGAAGUCAAAGGCAAUUGGGCUCAUUUGGGUAAUUUCUUCGCGAGAUUCUCGCAAAUAAUAAUCGAAACAAUCACCAGCAACAGUGUGGGCGAUUUCAUCCAGCAACUGAACACGACGAUUGGCACUCCGUCGUACAAGAGAAACGAAGGCAUCAAAGGUAUCGAAAUGAAGAAAAUACGAGACAAAACGGUCAGAGUCAAUAAAGUGUUGACCGUGGCUAAUGAACUGGCGACGACGUACUAUAACAUUUCGAGGGAUUACCUGAUGCCCAGAGUUCACCGACUGCAGUUUCUAAUGGACGUCAGUACGGAGAAUUCAAGUCACCUGGACAGUGAGAGGGGCAAAUUACUGGACGCGUGCGAAAAAGACGUCAUCGCUAUUCAACAAUUGAUUUCUGACGAGAAACGGAGGCUUUUGGAGAAGGUCAACGCUACUGUCCGCCAGAUCGUCGAGUCGAAUUACCGUUUCCUGCAGACCAACCGAACCGAUACGAAUCCAACAACGGUAGUGCCUAACCCCACCGAACAGUCGAGCGGUUGACGCAUAAUGAAUUGAAACAUCUACACAGCUAUUAUUAAUUUUACAUCUCCUAUCAUACGCGGAAUUAAAUCGGAUACCUUUCCAGGUCUGAAAAAAUAAAAAUGUCGAAAAAGAA